AUGUCACACGAUGACGCAGUACAGUCUCUCGCUGAGCUUUACGAACAAUGUGCAUCAGCAUUCCAGUCCCUGUUAUCCCGACUGAACGAUCCUGCUUUCCGCACUCGUCAACGUGAUUCCCUGUCACUCGACGCAGCGGCAGAGGAAUACGGUAAACUGAGGAUUUGGGCUGAGCAAACCCGAGUUAUUCUACCUCCUGGUUCACGAGGCUCCCUCGAUGAGCUUGUGAGAGACCGUGCGAAAACAAAGCGUAUUCUGCUAACAAACGAAGCUGCGAACGCUGCUUUGGAUGCCUCGAAUGAGCACCAUGGUCUUCCCAACACAGCUGCCAGCCGAGGACUUGUCACAUCUGAUUUGAAUGACCAGGAGACUGUUCUUGAUCUUACAAUAUCUUCACAACAUCAAAGCCAAACCAAAUUGAUCAAAGCAAUGCGUCAUGUAUCAGAACAGCGCGCAGGACUAGCUGGAAAGUACCUGCGCUCCAACAAAUCAGAAAGAGACAACGAGAACAGCAUGCAAGAGUUUCUACCCUUUGAUCAAGGACAUGUUCAAGAAAAGCUCCUGCAAUGGUAUGACGACUGGGCCGCUCAGAACAAGGGAGAUUAUCGAGGACGAAUUUCCAACGCCGCAGCGAGCGUCCAAGUACCCAAAGAUUUGACUCUACGAUUAGCAUUGGCAAACAUGAUGCGCCGUAAACAAUUACGGUACUGGCUCCAUCAUGCUGACUCCCCUGAAAAGCCACCAACUCAUGCCGAUCUCGAACCAAGAGUGCGAAGCCAAGCCAAAUUGCCUCCAUCCAGCACAGACCAGGCUACUGCUUUUGAAAAUCUACAGCUACCUCCUCCUCUAAGUGAAGCAGCACCUACAACAAAGUCAAAGGUUUCUUUCUCGACAGCUAUCAUGUCAGCGGUAAACGAGAAUCCUGUGGCUCAAACUGAGUACGAGGAAUCCGUCAUUGGCAAGUUUGGUUCAACAAGAGUUCCUCCACUACCACAAGUCGCCCAUGAAAAUACGGAGUUCAAGUGUCCAUACUGUGGGCUCAGCCUGAAAUCGAGCGUGAUGCGAAGCAGGCGGGCAUGGAAGGAUCUGCGUCCAUAUGUGUGCACGUUCAGUGACUGCGUCAGUGCCACAAGGUUGUAUCACGCGCGCCAUGACUGGAUAUAUCACGAAAAUCAGAUGCAUCGACGGCAAUGGGCAUGCUCAGAUGACUGUCAUCAGGCCUUUCAAGAUCCACAGUCUUUCAUCACGCAUCUACGCAACAGCCAUUCUGAAAUGGUCUUAGGAGAUCAGCUGCCAUUGAUACUCACGCUCAGUGAGCGACCAAUGAGUGAUGAGAAGAUAGAGAGCUGUCCACUCUGCCCUACAAAUAUGCCCCUGUCGAGACUGUUCUCUCAUGUCGCACAACACUUGGAGCAGCUGUCACUGUUCGUCCUCUCCUUCAGUAACAGUGAUGCUGAAGGUGGUUCCGAGGCAUCUCAUCAGGCAGAGGAUGAUCACGGUGGUAACUUCCAUGGCGUAUCAGAGGAUUCAAGCAUGGAUGACCGCUGGUCUACACAGGAAGUCGAUGAUGACAACGAGUCGAUUGUAUGGGAUACAGAGCCGGUAAUUGAAAACACCUUUGGCAUACCACCGCCAGAAGAUCCACAACUUUGGACAAAGCUCUUCAGCACUUCACCUGUAUCUGCGCAAUCAGCUGAUUCCGAUCCGCUACUCAUCGACUUGCAAAGAAAACAGGCCCAGCGCAACAAGGUUGAUGGCACGUCAGGAGUUCAGUCUGGAGUCAGCAUGACUGAGGAGGAAGUAUCCGAGUUUAAGGACGCUGGAGAGGUUCGAAAUUUCAUGGUCGACCACAUGGCCAAUACAGAAUUUAAUGGGAUACGACAACGCUUCUUGCCAAGACCAGCCUUCGAGCGGGUUACAUCACAAUCUGUGAUUCUGCAGAUGGCAAGUGUGGCAAGUGACCUGAUCUCCAGCAAGCCAAUGAAAGAUGCCCUCGUCCUCGAAAUCAGGGAUUACCGCAAGAUAUUUGCUUGCUGUAUCUAUAGCAUGGUAUCUAUGGAUCUUUUCAAAGGUUUCAUGGAUAUGGGUAUCUCAGACGCAGUAUUUCCAUUCAGAUCCGAAGACUUUCCAUUAACACUCGAAGAGCUUCUGGAGCAAACGGACUCUGAGCAGCUAUUUAUGUAUUCCCAGCGCUAUUUUAACACAGCCUACUUUGAGCUGGGGUCAUUUCAGGCUCUGGAUGAUCGAUGGUCCAUACCAGUCGAUUACGACGUUUCGCAGCCUCUUUGGCAAGGAUAUUGGAGUGAGAUUUUCAAAGUUCGCAUUCCUUUUGGAGAGCACUCCCUCCAUCCCAUGGAAAACAAGUUCGCGAUGCGUGUUUACAGAUUCGAGAAGGAGUACAAUAUGGAUGUCGUUCGCGAUGUGCUGCAAGUCAAACUGAAACAUACUGUACAAUGCUUUGCAGCUUUCUCAAUGCCGUCUUCCUUGUACAUACUCUACAGGUUAAAUGACGGAAACCUAGAGCAGUACAUGUCGAAAGUUUCAAGACCAAAGCUGGACAGCUCGAAACUCGCGAUUGAAUUACGCGGCAUUGCUGCAGCAGUGGAAAAGUUGCACGACGGCGAAUUCUUUAAUCGAAUUCUCAACAUCCACCCCGAGAAUAUCAUGGUGUCAUGUCCUGACCAAUCCAAGAUGCUGUGUCUCUGGGUUGAGUCAUUUCAAAUAAUUCAACCUGGACCAUCCGGAGAACGAAAGUCGGCAGUACUAUCCCCAGUAUACAGACCUCCAGAGCCUUUGGAGACAGCCAGUGCUGACAGUGUCGCCAGUUGGUCUCUCGGUUGUCUUUUUCUAGAGAUCUUGGUAUGGCACGUAAUGGGGUACGAUAACCUGUGCAAAUUUCGAGAGAGCCGAGAGCGGCCUGUUAGACCAGGUGGUCGACCAAACAGGGCGUUUUACUACUUCACAGAAACUGGACCUGAUGCUAGAGCCCAACUGCGUGAGGAAGUCACCGACAUCUUCUUAGUUGUGUGGGUCCGGGUCACAGGACGAUUAAGUGGGUCCUUAAAGGCUUUGGAACAAAUGCUGCAGAUUGACCCCAAAGCACGAUUGAGUGCAGGCAAGUUCAGGCAGCGCUCUUUGUCUAGUUCUAUUGAUAAGAGUGAAUUGUCUGACACUGGAGCCGACUAUGGAGACUUAGGGGUUUUUAGAACUCAGAGGCUGGAAUACUCACCUGGGACUUCAGAGGGCCCAGAGGGCUAG